AGCGUUAUCCGACACCGAAUAUGCCGUACUUUCCGGGACUAACGACGACUCCCCAAUCGCUACCUGCAUUCCCCCUCGCGGGGGUAUUCUCGCCAUUCCAUCCUUCCCAAAAUAGCCCUAAAUUGUAACUUCCAUGUUCUGGCUUGGGGGCCGAAGCUUCCUAAUUCUCAGCCUCAAAACCCAUGCUUCUUUCCCCCACAACCUUGCUCUUUUCUUCUCUCUCCCCCUUUGAUUCCCUUCUUCUCCUCCUCGCGAAUUCUCGUUUGAUGUUCUUCCGUCGAUCUCCAUCGUGCUAGGGUUUGGUCGCCGCCGGCCGUUCAACCCGCCGCUGCCAGAUCGCGAGAGAGAUGGUCUUGGGGUCGAGGCUGGAUGGAGAGAGUCAGAUAGUCUCCGUUCCGAUCCGAAAGACCAUUCAGUCCAUCAAGGAGAUCGUUGGCAACCAGUCCGACACCGAUAUUUAUGCCAUGCUCAAGGAGACCAACAUGGAUCCCAAUGAGACGGCCCAGAAGUUGCUCAACCAGGAUCCAUUUCAUGAGGUUAAGAGGAAAAGGGACAAAAAGAAAGAGCAUACAGGAUAUAAGGGUUCUGGUGAUACUAAUAAACGCAUAGAGCACAAUGUACAGUGGACAAAAUCUCACACAUCUGGGGAUCGAAAUGCUAGGAGAGGUGGUUUUACUAGAAAACCAGCACCUGAUGCAGGAAUCAGGCAAGAAUUUCGUAUUGUGAGGGACAACAGAGUGAACCAAAGUGCCAGUGCGGAUGUUAAGCCAGAGUCCAUUCAACAUUCAGCUUCUGGCGGUGAACAAGUUGUAUCAGAUGUUCUGGAGAAGAGUUCUGCUUGGGUUCCAACACAUCAGAAAAAUAUCGCUGCCAAAAACUCGGAUGGGGACAUCUCAACUAGCAGUGGAAAUGAGCCCCAUCAUUCUGAAGCAUUUCAUGCCAAAGAUGCAGGCUCAGGCGGCAGUCACAGGCCAUUACUACCUCAAGAGACACAGCCAAAGACCUCUGCUUCAGAGGCACAGAAAGAGGCCCAUGACAAUUCCAAGUCACAAUCUAAAUUGACAUCAACCAACUCUGUCAUCGGGUUGUACUGGUCAUCUUCAGAUCCAGUUCAUGUUCCAUCUGAUUCCAGAUCAGCUGGAACAAUUGGCACCAUUCGGCGUGAAGUAGGAGCAGUGGGUGUUCAGAAGCAGUCCUCUAAUUAUCGGACCACUCAUUCAUCUGUUUCGCAUAGUUUCAUUUCAGUUCCUUCAUUGCCCACAAAAUCAUCUAUUCAGUCUGCUGCCGUGUCUAAGAGCAAUCAACUCAUCCAGACACCACCUUCGGAGCAUGUCUUGUCUAGCACAUCUUUUAGCAGGUCAUUUUCAGCUAGUCAACACCAUAGCAGACUUUACCAACAGCCUGCGGGUCAUCAGAAAGCUAUGCAGUCCAACUUGGAGUGGAAACCAAAAUCAAGUCAGAAGGCUCCUGCAGUUAGGCCUAGUGUGAUUGAAACAUCUUCGUCGUCUCCGCAUGCUGAUGGUUCUGGUAGCUCAAACCCAGUGGAUGUUCCUGGCUUGUCAGAGAAACUUUCGCGAGUCCACAUUUUGGAAACCCAGCAUGUAAUCAUGCCGCUGCAUCUCCGAGUGCCGGAGUCUGAACAUACAAGACUGACAUUUGGUAGCUUUGGAGCUGGUUUUGACUCUGCUAAGGGGUACACAUCCACUUCUCAGGCUUUUGAAAAUGCACAAGAGAUGAGUAAUGAACCUACUCUAAGUAUAUUAGCAACUGGCCGAGUGGGCUCCAGUGAGGAUGCCUCUGCUGAUAACCAAGGAGAUGUUGUGGAUGGCCAAGCUAGAAUCUCCCAACCUAACUCUACCACAUCAUCUACAGAAUAUGAGGAAGCGCGACCUGGAAAUAGUGAGUCCUCAAGUCCUCAAAAUAUUGAGAGUUUUGAAGAUAUCGGGUUGGUCGAAAUGGACAGCCCUCCCUAUAGUUCAGUGGAACCACAGCAGCUCCAAAAUCAAUCAGACCUGCCAAGUUUCUCAGCAUACGACCCCCAAAUGAGUUUUGAUGCCCCAUUUUUUAGGACGGCUAUGGAAAAUAAUGUGCGCUUACAAGGUUUGUCUUCACCAUCUGAGGUCCAGAACUCACAUGCAGCGAGCAGCAGCCCUUCUUCAAGCAUCACCAUGGUUCAGCAGCAGCCACCAGUUCAGCCGCAGCAGCAGCAGCAGCCGAUAGCUCAGCUGUACCCACAAGUUCACAUCCCACACUACCCUAAUUUUGUGCCAUAUCGUCAUAUCCUCUCUCCGGUGUAUGUCCCACCAAUGGCCAUGCCUAACUAUUCAAGCAACCCUGCAUAUCCUCAUCCGUCAAAUGGGAACAACUAUUUUCUGGUGCCUGGAACAAAUUCACACAUAACCCCAGGUAGCAUGAAGUAUGCUACUUCACAGUACAAACCAGUUCCUAUAGGAAGCCCAACUGGGUACGGAAACUAUGCCAAUCCAGCUGGCUUCACCAUAGGUUCUCCUGGUCCUCUUGGCAGUGCUACCGGCCUUGAAGACAUGAACCGGAUCAAAUACAAAGAAAACAGUCUUUAUGUUCCAACGCCUCAGGCAGAUGCAUCUGACAUUUGGAUUCAGACACCACGGGAGCUUUUGAGCUUGCAAUCUGCACCAUACUACAGUUUAUCAGGGCAAGCACCUCAUGCAGCUUUCAUGGCAAGCCAUGCUGGCCAUGCUUCAUUUAAUGCUGCAGCACCAUCAUCUCAUGUACAAUACCCAGACUUGUACCAUCCGCCGCAGCCAGCCUCUAUUGCGAGUCCCCAUCAAUUGGUUGGACCGGCCGUGGGUGGGAGCGUUGGGGUUGGGGGGCCAGCUCGAGGACCCCAGGUUGGGGCCUAUCAGCAGCCCCAGCCCCGGCUUAGCCACCACAACUGGACAGCCAACUUCUGAAGGGGAAUAUGGUUAGGGAUGGAAUUAGCAUCAUACAAUCAUAGGUGCUGAAGCUUUGUUUGUAAUGAAAAGCACACUCUGUUACUGUAUGGCAAGCGAAAUCUAAUUAAAGUGAUAGAGUGGCCAUUUGUCUUGUGCCUUCUUAU